CGCUGCUGCUCCUCCGCCUGGCGCGCAGUGCCAUCCACAAACUUUGACGAGCUGUUAUCCGCAACGCAACAAAGCCAUCCGAAUUUAACACAACAGGAACUAAAAUCAUUAAAUACACCUACAGUCUGACUGGGUUCGUCCGUUAAUUCGGGCGGAUAAAGGUGGCAAAAUGGAAAGCACACCGGUGGAGAUUUUUAAAGAAGACAGUAAGUGCCUCCAUCCGCUACAGGAAGACUGUCCGGUUAAUUCUUCAGCCUGGAUGUCGGGAUACUCCGAGAGCCGCAAUGUGACCCAUGAUGAUAGCCUGGAACCGGAGAGCAUGUCCCCCAUCAUCCCCAUCAUCACUGCGGUCUACUCCGUGGUGUUUGUGGUGGGUCUGCUGGGGAACUGCCUGGUCAUGUAUGUCAUCAUCAGGUACACAAAAAUGAAGACGGCGACAAACAUUUACAUUUUCAACCUGGCUCUCGCUGAUGCCCUCGUCACCACCACGAUGCCCUUCCAGAGUACGGACUACCUGCUCAAUACCUGGCCUUUCGGGGAGGUGGUUUGCAAGGUCUUCAUCUCCAUCGACUACUACAACAUGUUCACCAGUAUCUUCACUCUCACCAUGAUGAGUGUGGAUCGCUACGUGGCCGUGUGCCACCCGGUGAAAGCCCUGGACUUCCGUACUCCGAUCAAAGCCAAAAUGAUCAACGUGUGCAUCUGGAUACUGUCGUCUGCUGCAGGGAUACCGGCUUUUAUUCUAGGUGGAACGCAGACAAACAGCGAUAUUACUGAGUGUGCCUUACAGUUUCCAGAGCCAUACGUUUACUGGGACACGUUGAUGAAAGUCUGUGUAUUUGUCUUUGCCUUCGUCGUGCCUGUGCUCAUCAUCACUGUGUGCUACUCCCUGAUGGUCCUCAGGCUAAAGAGCGUACGAAUGUUAUCCGGAUCGCGAGAGAAAGAUCGCAAUCUCCGCCGAAUCACGAGACUGGUGGUGGUGGUGGUGGCCGUGUUCGUGAUCUGCUGGACACCAAUUCACAUCUUCAUCCUGGUCAAGGCGCUUGUGAGCGUGCCUGAAACCACCGCCAUCAUGGCCGCCUACUUCUUCUGCGUGGCUCUGGGCUACACCAACAGUAGCCUUAACCCUGUGCUCUACGCUUUUCUGGAUGAGAACUUCAAACGCUGCUUCAAAGACUUCUGCCUCUCGGCCAAACUGAAAGGAGACAAAGUGUCAGGGAGCAGGAGGGGGUUGAGCACAGUCCGGGAGGUCGCUGUCCCCCUGGAGAACCCAGACCGGACUGGGAAGCCCACAUGACUAGCGGUGGAACUGUCUUCAAUUUCCCACAUUGGAAAAGAAGACUCACAUGACCUGGGUCUGACCCACGUCACGUCAACAAUGUAGACUGAACAUAAAGACUGUAUGGCUGAAGAGGACUCAUUGUUUAGGGACAUGUUAGUUUGGGUUUAAACAGUGCCAACACUCAUAGGAUUUUAUUUUGAA